UUGGGACAGAUCGGAGAAGAACCCUGAACCCUAGACGAUGGUGAAGUUCCUGAAGCCAAACAAGGCGGUGAUCGUGCUGCAAGGGCGGUACGCCGGGCGGAAGGCGGUGAUCGUGCGAGCCUUUGACGAGGGGACGAGGGAGCGCCCCUACGGUCACUGCCUGGUGGCUGGUAUAAAGAAGUACCCCAGCAAGGUCAUCAAGAAGGACUCUGCCAAGAAGACGGCCAAGAAAUCUAGGGUUAAGGCAUUCGUGAAGCUGGUCAACUACCAGCACCUUAUGCCCACGCGCUACACCCUGGACGUGGAUCUGAAGGAAGUGGUCACUCUUGACGCCCUCCACUCCAAGGACAAGAAGGUUACCUCCCUCAAGGAGACCAAGAAGCGCUUCGAGGAGAGAUUCAAGACCGGCAAGAACAGGUGGUUCUUCACCAAACUUCGAUUCUGAUUCUGUUGUUUCAGUUUAUUUUGUGGAAGAGGUUUUGUUUUGUUGUGAACUGAACUCCUAAGGCUCUGUUCUACAUUUUUAGUUUUUAAAUUGUGCCUUCUCAUAUUAUAUUUGCAAAUUGGUACUAUU